AUGGCAAAGAAAGGGAAAAAGCAGCAGCAAGAAUAUUGCGGAGGCGCGCCUCCUAUCGUACCCUCCACGCGCAUUUCCUGGCCAAAGCUGAGACGGCACCGCGACUUGACGCCGCAACUAAUCCGUGGCUGCGAAGUGUUCACUGUACCAGGAGCGCUUUCCGCGGAGGAAUGCGCGGAGUUCAUUGCGCAGGCGGAGCGCGUGGGGUUCCAGUGGCAGGGCAGUGGCGGUCCAGCUAAGGGCGAGGCGUAUAGAGACAACCACCGGAUAUCCGUUGAGGACCCUGAGCUGGCUGCGCAUUUAUGGGACCGACUCGCCCCAGUGCUACAGCCGUUACAAGCUGGUAACCGCAAGGCGGUGCGUCUGAACCCCAACAUGCGAGUCUACCGCUACAGCCGAGGCCAGCAGUUCGGGGCGCACAUAGACGAGAGCGUGACUGUAGCGGGGGGAGGAAGGACAGAGUAUACACUGCUGGUGUAUCUCUCUGGCGCUCCUUCUUCGUGGGAGGGGAGAGAGGAGGAGGAGGGGGGAGGAUAUGGGGAGGAGGGGUAUGGGGAGGAAGGGGGGGAAGGGGGGGGAGGUGGGGUUGGGGUGGAGGGGGACCGGGAGGAACGGGGAGAGGGGGAUGGAGAGGGGACGGCUGGGGAGGGAGAGAGGGAGGGAGAUGGAGGGGAGGGGCGGUGGAGGAGAGAUAAGGGGGUAGCAGGAGGUAGAGGGAAGGGUGGAGGGGGGAAACAGCAGCAGCAGCAGCAGCAGAUGCAGGAGCAAUUGGUGGGAGGGGAGACAGUGUUUUAUGUGGGGGCACGGUCACAGGAGAGCUUCGAGGUGAGACUAGUUAGUUCUUAG